GUGAUGGAAAUUAAAGGACAAAUGAUUCAUGUGCCAGAAUCAAAUUCAAUUUUGUUUCUGGGUUCCCCCUGUGUGGACAAGCUGGAUGAACUGAUGGGCCGAGGCCUCCAUCUGUCAGACAUACCUAUCCAUGAUGCUACUCGCGAUGUCAUAUUGGUUGGGGAGCAAGCAAAGGCCCAGGAUGGCUUGAAAAAACGAAUGGAUAAACUGAAGGCAACGCUAGAAUGCACACACCAAGCCCUGGAAGAGGAGAAAAAGAAAACAGUAGAUCUCCUUAUUUCUAUUUUCCCUGAAGAAGUGGCUCAGCAGUUGUGGCAGGGGCAGCAGGUUCAGGCCAGGAAGUUUGAUGAUGUCACCAUGCUCUUCUCAGACAUUGUUGGCUUCACUGCCAUCUGUGCGCAGUGCACACCCAUGCAGGUCAUCAGCAUGCUGAAUGAACUCUACACGCGGUUCGACCAUCAGUGUGGAUUCCUCGACAUCUACAAG